AUGCACCGUGGAAAGGCCAGCGUCCUACAUAAAGAGUGCGGGACAUCGGAGCAGAGCGCACACGGGGCAACACACCAUUGUGCUGACAACUCUCAAAGACAACACAACAAUAUCCAGAGAGGAGGAGUUGAAGAAAUGUUCCGAUUAAGUGACCCCAGGAGUUCUGCCCUGGUUAUAAUGGGACUUCUGUCGUUCUCUCACAUCAAAGCAGCUGUUUUGAAGCCGGAGGGCGCCUUGGACAGCGGGGCCACCGUCCUGAACCACUCCAUGAGCUUGGUGCAGCGUCUGGAGAACUUGUUCCUGUCCGGAAACAGCAGCGACGUGACUCUGAGGGUGCAGACCAUCAACACGGACGAGGUGAAGGUGCUGCAGUCCCACUCUCUGGUGCUCAGUCUGCAGAGCGACGUCUUUGAGGAACUGCUGCUCUCACGGAACUCCACCACUUUGGUUCUGAGGGAGGCAGCUGACUGUGCUGCAGUUUUUGAUAAGUUCCUCAGAUAUUUCUACUGCGGAGACAUUGGUGUGCGACUCGACCAGGCCAUUCCGCUGCACAAAUUGGCCAGUAAGUACCAUGUGGGAGCCUUGCAGCAGGGAAUGACCCAAUACAUGACCCAACAUCUCUCCAGUGAUUCCCCUUCGGGCCAUGUGGUCAGCUGGUACAACUAUGCUCUGCAAAUUGGAGAUGCCGCCCUGAGGGACAGCUGCUUGCAGUACCUGUCCUGGAACCUGUCCUCGGUGCUGCAGAGUGCCGAAUGGGGCUCUAUAAGCGAAGACUUGCUUCUUUCUCUGCUCCAACGCUCCGACCUCAUUCUGCAAAGUGAGCUUGAGUUGUAUGAAGCCGUAGAGGCCUGGAUAAACCAUAAUCAGCCCAUCGGCGCCAUUAUAGAAAGUGCACUGAGAGCUAUCAGGUAUGGCAUGAUCCCUCCACAGCAGCUUUUCCACCUGCAGAAACAAUCUCCCCUGCUUGUAAAGUACUACGAGGCAAUCCGUGAUCUCCUCUAUCUGGCGUUCCAGUUCCAUUCUGCCUCGCCAAUCCAACUCGCCAAGUACUUUGAUGUAAAUUGUAGUAUAUUCACACCACGCAACUACCUGUCUCCCACCUGGGGCUCCAGCUGGGUCAUCAACAACCCAACCCGUGACGAUCGCAGCUUCAGUUUUCAGACCCAGCUGGGCCCCAGUGGUCACGACUCCAACAAAAGAGUGACCUGGAAUGCUCUUUUUUCACCCCGCUGGCUGCCACUCAGCGCAAGAUCCACCUAUACAGAACUCGGGGCAAUGCAGCCAACGCGUACGGACGGCGGUCGCCCUAGGGUCAUUGUGACACCCGCUACGUCCAGCCCAGAUUUUGCCGGAGUGGGAUUCCAGAAGACCGUUAUUGUCAUGGCUAAACAGCAGGGGAAAGUGGUUGUACGUCAUGUCUAUAACUUUCACCAAAGCACAGAGGAGUCAGGGGAUUUCUUGGUGGAUGCAGACCUCCAACGCCGCGCCUCAGAGUAUCUCAUUGAUAGUUCGUUGUACCUGCAUGUUGUCAUAAAACCUGUCUAUCACACUCUGCUGGUUUCAAGAAAAUAA